CGACAGUCAAGACACCAACCCUCACACACAGCAGCUGGAUCGCCUGCAGACCUCCGGACUGAAGCGCAGAGCAAGGGCCGUCUCUCUCUAUCAUGCGGCCCGCGGUCCAGAAGCAGCUGCGGCCCAUUACCUAUGUCCUGGGAGCCAUCAUCGGCCUCACCUACCUCUACUUCUUCACCUUGACGCCGAGUAAAGUAGCUACAAGCCGUCGUGCAGGGUAUACACACGGCAGCAGACCCCUCAGCACGACCAUCAAACGCUACAACCUUGCGCAUGUGGAUGCGACCGCGGAUCCAGGGGCACAUCUCGAGCGCGUCUUGAUCUUAACGCCCAUGGCGACCUUCCUGCCUGCGUAUUGGCAGAACCUGCUGGCUCUGUCCUAUCCGCAUGAACUCAUAGACUUGGGCUAUAUCGUGCCUCGCGGGGAUCGCUACGACGUGAUGCUACAGGACCUGGAAAAGGCAGUACGGCAAGUGCAAACAGGACCCAAGGCACAGCGUUUUGGGAGUAUCGAGAUUCUGCGACAAGACUUUGAGACGUCCACGGGGCAGUCGGAGAAGGAGAGGCACGCGCUCCAUGCACAGAAGCAGCGGCGUGCAGCCUUGGCCACUGCAAGGAACGAGCUGCUCUUUGCAACACUUGGGCCGCGCACAAGCUGGGUCUUGCACCUCGACUCGGAUAUCGUCGAGACGCCCAAGACGCUGAUUCAAGACCUGGCGAAACACGAUAAGGAUGUCAUUGUUGCGAACUGCUAUCAGCGCUACAAGAACGAUGCUGGUGAAGAUGCCAUCAGGUCUUAUGACUACAAUACCUGGCACGAGUCGCAAACUGCUCUGGAUCUGGGUAAGACCAUGUCUGAGGAAGAUUUGCUGCUUGAGGGCUAUGCAGAGAUUCCAACGUAUCGCCAACUGAUGGCGUACGAGUAUUUGCCUGAGAAUGCUCCCAACGAACGCGUACUAGAAGUGGAUGGCGUAGGAGGCACGGCAUUGCUGGUCAAGGCACAUGUCCACCGCGACGGAGCCAUGUUUCCGCCUUUCAGCUUCUACCAUCUCAUUGAAACAGAGGGCUUUGCGAAGAUGGCUCAACGGCUAGGGUACAAGUGCUGGGGUCUGCCAGAUUACUUGGUCUACCACGUUAAUGAGUAGCGACGAUGCAACGACACUA